GCCCCUGCUCGCCCUUGCCCGGCCCGGCCCGUGCCCGCCGCCGCCGCCAUGUUGUGCGCCCGCCGCCUCCUGCGCCUCGCCGCGCUGCCGCCGCCCCGGGCCCGCUCCUACGCCGAGCCCGCGGCCGGCCCGGCCGCCAUGGCCUUCACCUUCGCCUCCCCCACGCAGGUGUUCUACAACGGGGCCGCCGUGAAGCAGGUGGACGUGCCCACCCUCACCGGCUCCUUCGGCAUCCUGGCGGCACACGUCCCCACGCUGCAGGUCCUCAAGCCCGGCGUGGUGACGGUGUACGGCGAGGACGGGGCGGCCACCAAGUACUUCGUGAGCAGCGGCUCCGUCACGGUCAACGCGGACUCCACGGUGCAGGUGCUGGCGGAGGAGGCGGUGACGAUGGACAUGCUGGACCUGGCCACAGCAAAAUCAAACCUGGAGAAGGCCAUUUCAGAGGUGGCUGCCGCGUCCGAUGAAGCUGCUAAAGCCGAAGCUCAGAUUAAAGUAGAAGCCAACGAAGCCCUCGUCAAAGCCCUGGAGUAAUCUGUUGGAAGGCUUUCUGCGCGGCAGCGUGCGCGCUGUGCCUGGCAGCUCCGCCUCUGUGUGUUGCAGGAAUCCCACUGUCGCUGCAGAAAAACCCCAGGCUGUCCUACUUGUUCUGGCUUCCCCGUUUGUACAGAUGGUGCGGGACAAAUGGAGGCGGAGAAGGCGCUCUGAUCAAUUAAAAGGAAAUGCAAUCCUGU